AGCCAGUUUUUCAAUGUUACAUGCAUAGAAACAAUGACGAGACAACAGAUUGGUGAAUAUGAUAAAUGAUACUGACCAAUCCUAGCGACUAGUUUUUGAGAACGCCGCUAUGUUGCAUUUCAAAGAUGGCACUGCUAUAAACAGCCAAAGUUGUUAAACAUACAAGUUGGAACUUAUACUUUGAAAGACAAUUUUAUAAGAAAAUCAUGUCGUUAGCGGAUGAACUGUUAGCUGAUCUCGAAGAAAAUGAUGAUAAUGAUCAGGAAAUGGAAGAACCGGAGCCGGAUUUCAUUCCAGCUUCAGUUUCAAAACCUAUCGAAGAAGAAAUAAAAGUAGCGUCGGUGAGGGAAUUAGCAAAACUUCGUGAUUCUGAGCAAUUAAAGAAAGUAAUGUCUCAAAUAGAAAAGUACAGUAAAGUUCCUAGAAAAUCAGCAGAUAUCAUUGGACCCGUUGAAUCUGAUCCAGAAUAUCAACUCAUUGUUGAAGCUAAUAAUAUGGCUGUAGACAUUGAUGACGAAAUAGCUACAAUACAUCGAUUUACAAGGGAUAAAUAUUCCAAAAGGUUUCCAGAAUUAGAAUCUUUAGUUGUGGGUCCAUUGGAAUAUGUAAUGACAGUUAGAGAAUUAGGAAAUGACUUAGAUAGAGCAAAAAAUAAUGAAACAUUACAGCAGUUUCUUACUCAAGCAACAAUUAUGGUAGUUUCUGUUACUGCCUCAACAACACAAGGCCAAUUAUUAACUGAAGACGAGAAGGAGGCUAUUUGCGAGGCUUGUGACAUGGCAGUAGAAUUGAAUAAUUGUAAAUUAAAAAUAUUCGAAUAUGUUGAGAGUAGAAUGGCAUUUAUUGCACCAAAUCUUUCUAUAAUAGUAGGUGCAUCAACAGCUGCAAAAAUUAUGGGUGUAGCUGGAGGUUUGACAAAACUUUCAAAAAUGCCAGCUUGCAAUGUAUUAGUACUAGGAUCUCAAAAAACUACGUUAUCUGGAUUUUCACAAGUAGCAACAUUACCUCAUACUGGUUUUAUAUAUUACUCUGAUAUCGUACAAGAUACCCCUCCUGAUUUACGAAGAAAAGCUGCAAGACUCGUGGCAGCCAAAAGUAUGUUAGCUGCGCGUGUUGAUGCAUGUCAUGAGAGUACGGAUGGUCACAUCGGUCAAUUAUUCCGUGAAGAAAUUGAAAAGAAGUUAGAUAAACUUCAAGAACCACCUCCGGUAAAAUUCGUGAAACCUUUACCAAAACCUAUUGAUCCGGGAAGGAAGAAACGUGGUGGUAAACGCGUUAGAAAAAUGAAGGAACGCUACGCAAUUACUGAAUUCAGAAAACAUGCAAACAGAAUGAAUUUUGCUGAUAUUGAAAAUGAUGCUUAUCAAGAAGAUCUUGGUUACACACGUGGUACAAUAGGCAAAGCAGGGGCUGGUCGUAUUAGACUACCUCAGAUCGACGAGAAAACAAAAGUACGAAUAUCGAAAACGCUUCAGAAAAAUUUGCAAAAGCAACAGCAAUGGGGUGGUAGUACAACAGUUAAGAAACAGGUUUCUGGUACAGCGUCCAGUGUCGCAUUUACACCGUUACAGGGCCUGGAAAUUGUAAAUCCGCAAGCUGCAGAAAAGAAAGUAAACGAGGCUAAUGCUAAAUAUUUUUCAAAUACAGCUGGUUUUUUGAAAGUAAAAAAAUCAUAAAUAAACUGUACAUAUUCACCAUAA